GAAGCAGUGACAAGACACCACAAUUCACCAUGGGCAAGAAAAGAAAGGCCGGCGGUCGCCCGGCGCAGAAAGAUGAUGCUCCUAUGCGCACAAAGUACAGCAUUGAAGAGCGGUUUGAGGACUCAGAAGAUGAGUUUCAGGCCAACCGUGACCAGAUUCUGUUGGAGGAAGCCCCAGAGGCCAAGCGUCGCCGCAGAGUCGCAGAGGAUGAGGAAAUUCUUCAGCCCUCCGAUGAGGAGAUCCUAGGCUACGAGUCGGUGGACGAGGAUGAAGAUGAUCUGGAAUCCGAAGAUGACUACGAUGAGGACGACGACGAUAUGGGUCUGUCAAAGAAGGCCCGGGGUGCCGAGUCGGAGGAAGAGGAAGAGGGUAUCGCCGCCUGGGGUUCGUCCAGGAAGGACCUCUACAACGCCGACCAGAUCGAGACCGAGGCAGAUGCUUUGGAGGAAGAGCAAGAAGCCAAGAGACUGCAGCAGAAGCAGCUGCAGGCCAUGGAUGAGGCUGACUUUGGUUUUGACGAGUCUGAGUGGGCGGAGUCCGGCAACGAUGGGCAGGACGAUGCAGAGGACACCGGUGUUGUCACCGAGGUUCUUCCCCAGUUGGAGAUCACCGAGGACAUGGACGAUGAUGAGAAGCGGAGAAUUCUGAGCUCAAGAUACCCCGAGUUCGAGCCCUUGGCCAAGGAAUUCGCCAGUCUCCAACCCAUCUACAAGGAUCUGCAGAAGGCAGCCUCGAAAGCCACUUCGACACCCGACGAAGAUUCCGACGAACCCCAACCAGCACCCGUGGCAGUGGUCAAGCUCCGCGCCCUAUCAACGUACCUUGCUUGUACUUUAUGCUUCUCGCUUCCUCUCCCCGAAGGCUCCGACGCAGACGUCCCAUUGUCUCCCGCCCAACUCCGUCAACACCCUGUGAUGGGCUCCCUGGUCAAGUUCCGAAAGCUGUGGGAGACGGUCAAGGACCUCGAGAUCUCAGAGGUGGUUGAGGUCAUCCAGAAGCCUGUGAAGGCCGCUUCAUCCGAACCUACCAAGGCCGAGAAGCAGCCGAAGAAGACCAAGGAAGUCAAGGAAGUGCCACAGAAGAAGAAGCUGAGCAGGGCAGAGCGGGCAGCCGAAACUGCGCGAGCUGAAGCCGAGGCCCGUCGUGCUGAGCGCCUCCGCCAGACUGAGGCUGGCCUGGCCGAUCUCGACGAUCUGGUUACAGCGCCCGGUCAGAAGCGCAACACCAAAAAGUCUAAGAAGUCCUCCAAGGAGGAUGACGAGUCAGACUUUGGUGAUGAGAAUGCUUUGACGGCUCGUGAGGCCGAAGAAAAGGCCAAGCAGAAACGCUCGCUCCGCUUCUACACCUCCCAACUGGCCCAGAAGGCCAACAAGCGCCAAAGUGCGGGUCAAAAUGCCGGUGGUGACGCCGAUAUUCCUUACCGCGAACGUCUCAAGGACCGUCAAGCCCGUCUUAAUGCCGAAGCCGAGAAGCGUGGUCGCCAACGACCAGACAUCGGCGAAGAGCUGGGCGGCGAUAGUGACGAAGAGGACCACCGUGUUCGCAAGGAACUUCGCAGCGGAGGCAACCAGUCCGGUACCGACGAGGACGAAUACUACGACAUGGUUGCUGCACGCUCCAAGCAACGCAAGGACGAUAAGAAGGCCCGUGCCGACGCGUACGCCGCUGCAGCCCGCGAAGGCGGCCAAGUCCAUAUCCAGGAAGAGGUCGGAGCCGACGGCAAGCGUGCCAUCACAUACCAGAUCGAGAAGAACAAGGGCCUUACGCCGAAGCGCAGUAAGGAUUCGCGCAACCCGCGUGUCAAGAAGCGCAAGAAGUACGAGGAGAAGAAGAAGAAGCUCGGCAGUAUUCGCCAGGUUUAUAAGGGUGGCGAGGCCCGUGGUGGGUAUGGUGGUGAGCUUACAGGUAUCAAGAAGAACCUGGUUAAGAGUGUUAAGUUCUAA